AAUUUUUACAGGCCACAGGAGGAUAUUUUGUUCUGGGUUAACCUGCUUUUCUACUUCGCAGGAAAAUGCGUAGAAGCAGGAGAGCUGCCACUGCACCAGAACCAGAUGUGCCCGACGAGGUGUCGGCACAGGAUGAGGCGCCUGCCCCGAGGAGGCGGGGUAGGAGGCCUAGAGCUGCUCAAGUAGAAGAGCAGCUACCCACAGUUCAGGAACAGUCUUUCAUGGCACAGGGUCCCAUGGACCCCAUGGCAGCUACUCUAGCUGGUCUGCAGAGAACCAUCGACAUGAUGGCGCAGUAUAUGGUCCACCCUCCACAGCAGCAGCAGUCCACCGCACCAAGAGAGGAAUCUUACAAACAGAUCAUAAAUUUCAAGAAGUUGGUGCCUGGUACCUAUGAUGUGUCAGACGAUGCAUAUCGGUUUUUGGAUUCCUGA